ACUCUUCUUGACCCUUUGGUGAAAACUCUUGUGACACAAGAUGGCUGCAAAUAAGCCCAAGGGUCAGAAUUCCUUGGCCUUACACAAAGUUAUCAUGGUGGGCAGUGGUGGUGUUGGCAAGUCCGCUCUGACUCUGCAGUUCAUGUAUGAUGAGUUUGUGGAAGACUAUGAACCUACUAAAGCAGACAGCUACCGAAAGAAGGUCGUGCUGGAUGGGGAGGAAGUGCAGAUCGAUAUCCUGGACACGGCCGGCCAGGAAGAUUAUGCUGCAAUCAGAGACAACUACUUCCGGAGCGGGGAGGGCUUCCUUUGUGUCUUCUCCAUUACAGAGCUGGAAUCCUUUGCAGCCACAGCUGAUUUCAGGGAGCAGAUUUUAAGAGUAAAAGAAGAUGAGAAUGUUCCGUUUCUGCUGGUUGGUAACAAGUCUGAUUUAGAAGAUAAAAGGCAGGUUUCUGUAGAAGAGGCAAAGACCAGAGCAGAUCAAUGGAAUGUUAACUACGUGGAAACAUCUGCUAAAACUCGAGCUAAUGUUGACAAGGUAUUUUUUGACUUAAUGAGGGAAAUUCGAGCCAGAAAGAUGGAAGACAGCAAAGAAAAGAAUGGGAAAAAGAAGAGGAAAAGCUUAGCUAAGAGAAUCAGAGAAAGAUGCUGCAUUUUAUAAUCAAAGCCCAAACUCCUUUCUUAUCUUGACCAUACUAAUAAAUAUAAUUUAUAAGCAUUGCCAUUGAAGGCUCAAUUGACUGAAAUUACUUUAACAUUUUGGAAAUUGUUAUGUAUCACUAAAAGCAUGAAUUGGAACUUCACUGAAAGUCAAAUUCACCUUAAAAAAAGAAAUUAAUGUGGCUUCACCAAGAAGCAGAGUUCAACUUCUAAUUGCCUACAUUUUAUCACGGUCCUGAAUGUAGCGUGUGAGCUUGUGUUUUGCAGGCAGUCUCUCUUGAACUGUUAAAAAGGUGAAAUGGGUGUGGGGUAUGAGAGGAAAGGCUACUUCCUCUGGUUUAUUAUAAAGCUUCAAUUUUUUAUCAUUUUAAAAUGUCUUGGUCUUCUACUGCCUCGGGAAAAAAAAUGAUAAUUGUGAACAUGAUAGUUAAACUGUACCACUUUUUUAACCAUUGUUACGUAAAAAGUAUAGAAGAAAAAAGUUCUUGGCAUGAUUGUUGCAUAUAGUGUAAUUGAGAGUAACUCACCUGUGAAUCUGCAUUAAUUAUCUGGUAAUUAACUUGGAAAACUGAAGUAAACAUGUACAUGGAAAAUUUUGAAUAUGCCUUAAUUUAGAGACAGAGAAACUAGCCAGGUCUGUCAUUCUGAAUGUGUCCUUACUAACCCAUGGGCAUAUUACCUCAUGUGUCCUGGUGAGAGAAUAGGUGGCUACAACUUGCAUAGAAGAUUCUUGAGAUAGAAUUGUCUGCUAAAAGUCUGUCCAAAUUUUAAAACGUGUGCCAUACUCUGGGUCUUGAAAGUAAAGCCCCAGAGCUCCUUGAUUGCUUUUUAUUAACUAUAAGGUAGUUUAAAAAGAAAGACCGGUAUAUACUUGUAAGAGCAUUUAAACUGUUGAGCACCAAUUACAUUACCGUGAAACCCUCUCUUUCUUUAAGAUGCUGGUCCCUGGGAGUCUCUUUCUGUAAGUGGUGAGCGUGUAUUAAGUGUUUAAUCUCUUUGGAGCCAGGGCUCAGAAAAAUAUGUCAACAGUGCUAAUGCAUUUUGCACUAGAACAGUUUGGGGAAAAUGCUCACGCUUGCCACCUGUUGAUUUUCUAAAUUUGUACUCAUGAGGUUACAGUUUGGCUAUCUGGGAGUAAGUAGGAGUAUAUGUUAUUCUGUUUGUAUUCAUAACAAAGAACACUGUAGCUACAUUUCCUAAAGCGAACAUCAAGCAAUCAACCCCGGGUACAGUGCAGAAGGCAUGUUUGGCAUACAGAGUCCAAACACUCAGCCUGGUGUCACCAUUGUUGGUGUGCCAAUGAAAGAAUUCUCGCAUGCUUGUGGGAAUAUAAUUUCCAUGGAAAAUGAACCACUGUCACAUUUUCAUUUUCUUCUGCAGAAUGGGCUCAAACAAUUGGUCCAGUAAAGUUUUCUUUCUUUUUGCUCAGGCAGUCGUAAUUUCAACAAGUCAGAGAUGUGUUCGGGGCCUUCUAGGUAACAGGCAUUUGUGUAAGGUUAACAAGAAUAGGCUUUUUAGGAUCUCAGCUCUAGAUAUUUCAUCCGGCUUGUCAUGUUAAGUAUUUGUCCUUAAGGGUUUGAAAUGUACGUCUUUCAUCUCGUUUUCAUAGGCUAUGCCAUGUGCAGAAUUAAAGUUACCAGUGUAACCCUGGCCCCUGCGGGCCCAGCGAUCUCUAUGUGUACUCAUUGCAGUCUUACUUUACCAGGGGUCCUAACCACUAACAUUGUGACUUUGCUUUGAGACCUUUCCUCUCCUGGGUACUGAGGUGCUAUGAAGCCAAAUGACAAAGAUGCAUCACAUGUCUUAGGCUGAUGCCACUACCCAAUUGGUUUAUUUGCAAUUUGAGCCAUUUAAAGACCAAUAAACUUCCUUUUUUAGAAAA